CUUUAAUUUUCCAGUCUAUUGGUCCUCAGCCUCCCUUCUCCUUCAGGUGGCGUUGCUCUCUCGUCCCCAAGAAAAUCGCUUCUUUUAUUUUUUUGUUUACUAAAUCUUCACAUAAUCUUUUUAAAAAAAAAAGUCCUAAAUUUCAGAUGAUUCGAUGUUCUUUUCAGACAUGGAGCGAAAAACCCUAGCGAUUACGCCUCCUUCCUUCUUCUUCCACCUUGGAGGAGGAGCAUUUGGUUCAUCAAAGGCGUUUCAUUGUCUUCUCCUUCUCUCAUGUCUAUUGCUUUCAUCAGUCAAUACAUUGCAUAACUUAGCUGAAUAUGGUUACAACACUGGUUCUGCUGCUAUGGAGUUUCAGGGCUUUAUUAAUGGUGAAGAUUCUGGGAGUGUAGCAAUCCAGAAAUCUGACCAGAAUGUUUGUCCUAGUUCACAGCUGUUUUGUUUCCUUUCAGCUUUAGGAUCAGAGAAUCGGUCUGAUCCAUUUGUGUUGGCUUGUCCCAAAGAAUCACGGAGUAGCUCUGCUCUGAUCAGAAAAAAUCUAUCUGGUGUUGUGUGGCUAUCUCUGAAGCCUGUCCACAUCAUAGAGUUUCAGCCAUUUACUGGAUUCUUUCACAUUGGAGACACUUGUUACGAGCCUAUGUCCAAAGAGCUCUAUACUAAGAAGACCACAAGGGAGUUAAGUAUUACGGUUUCAGGAAAACAAUGUGGAGGAAAUGGUUUUAUGGUGAACCAUCCAUGUGAAGGAUUUUCAUUAGAACCAGGGGAUUCCAUAAAGUUUCUCUUUUUCUACCAGAGUGAACUCUCUUGGGCAUCUGGAGUUGCUGUUUUUGCAGUACCUAUGAAGGCGACCGCACCUGUUUUGAUGCUUAGUCUCUACAAAAAACCGGUCUUUUGGGUGCGGACGAAGAAAUUCGCAAUUGCGGUUCUUAUUGCUGCAGCUCUACUCAUUCUGAUAUUUUGCUUCAAUGAUCACUUCAUCGAGGAGAACAACAAGAGAAACAAUAGCAACCACAUGGAGUCGAGAGAAGUUGAGAAACCAUCUACGAUCACAAUAUCCCCUGAAAUGGAUUCUCUGCUAAGAUCCAUAAGCAAAGAAAGCCUGCAAGUGUUCGAUGAGGUUCCCAAGAACAGCAGCAGCGUUAAGCCAGUUGCUUCUUCACACGAAGAAGAAGCAUCAGAAGCUGUGAAUCUCACUGUAAAGACAGCGAAAGACAAGAAGAGGCGCCGUAACAAGAAAAAGAAGAAAGGAGGAAUCAACGGAUUAACACCAGAGUGCACAGAUGUUUCAAGCAGUUACAGCGGAAACUCAACUCCUAGGUCUCCAAUAUCACCAGAACCACCUACUACUCAAGCCGCAACGAAGCUAGUAAAGCCUCCUACUAAACCGGUCCUAUCGCACUCAGCAACGUUUCCGGUUUCAGGGGUUAAGUCAAUGAUCAUACAACGAAGCUCACUGGCUCCAAAUGUGAGAGCACCUGGAGCGAAAUCAAGAACCGAAGUGAAAGAAGAGAAAGCGAAAGAGUAUAGGUACUAUGAUAUCUGGGGAGAUCACUUGACAGGGCUUAAUUUGAUGGAUAAGUUAAAGGAAGUGAGAGAAGGUAAAAGCUCAGGUUUUGAUGGAGAGGAGUGUGAGAGUUUCUUUGUUAAGGGUCCUCAGAACUUGUUAGCAGACUCUCACACCAGGUUUGUAAGUUUCUGUAACCAAUGGGGCUAACAAAGAAAUAAAGAAUGAAAAACAAAAAUAUUUUAUAUAAUAAUGCAAGGCCCAAUGGGCUUUCUGAGCA